CACUACAAGAGAAAAAGACAACCAAAUCUAAAAUAUCAAAAAAAUCUAAAAACUUUUUAGAUAAUGAUGAAGCAUCUUCAAGCAAUACAGUCAAAAAAAGGGUGAAAAACUCUACAGAAGACUCAAAAGAAGAUGAAGUUAGAGAU